AUGGCUGGAAUCAUUCUUGCCAUCAUGGUUGUGCUUGCUACCACAGUCAAAGGUGAUGGCGCUUAUGACACUUGUGCUGUGGCUUCUAUUUCGGGCCGUCUUUGGUCUCGUCAGUGGCUCUUUGCUGCCUCCUCCUACACUCAGGCCGAUGCUACCGACGUCUCCAUGUGGGCCAUCUUUGACACGGUUCUCGGUGGUCGCCUCGUUGAGACUCGCUUCGAAGGCCUCGCGGGCUUUGUCUAUGAGCUGGGGGCCACAAAGCUCGGCAUCCCCUCAAAGACGCCCUCCUACAAGUCGGCCCUCACUUCAGAAGGUCAUACCAUCUCGCCGGAGAUCCCGCUCUACCUCAAGUACCCUACUCACGUAGAGCUGGGCAACACGCUUCCGGAGGUCAUCUUUGACGGCGUUGUCUACGUUUCUGUCGGCUGUGGCGAGUACUCGGCCGAGUGCCAGACUCUGGUCGAGGGCCAGAUCGAGCCGCGCUUCCGCUUCGAGACCGAUGCUGGCGGCGGACGCUACCGCAUUGUGUGCGACACAUCCGGUGAUGGCAUUUUCAACAUUGUGGAUGGAUCGGACACGGUCUUGUCGGGCGACACCGUUGACGGCGUCAACGAGGUGCCGUGGGACGGCAAGGAUGCGUCCGGCGUCCAGGUUGCCGACGGCAACUACAUCUGCGAGGUUUGGGUCCUUCUGGCCGAGGUGCACUUUCCUCUCGUCGAUGUCGAGACGGUCUACCCUGGCAUGCGCAUGUACUCGUACUUCAACGGUGUGGCCAAACCGCAGGUCAUGUACUGGAGUGACGAAGACGUCAAUCCGGCAAUCAACAUGCCCAACGGCGAGCCUGGUGCAACGACGUCGGGAUGCUGCGGCGUGAACUCGACGUACGACACCAACGCGGUGCCGAACGUCAAUGCCCGUGCGUGGGGCAACUUUGUGGCCGGUUCCAAGGGUGACCAGGCCAUCAUCAACACGUUUUCGUUCGUGGAGCGCUCCGUCUCGCUCCCAAUCAGCAUUUCCGUCGGGGCGACCGAGGCGUGUCCCGAGCCAACGGUCCGAGUCCUCGACAAAACCAUUGUUGAAGGUGACUCGGGCUCUACCGACGUCGUCAUCGAUUUGGUGCUCACCUCGGCGAUCUCCUCGGGCAUCGCCAUAUCGUACACGACUACUGACGGCACUGCCAAUGGCGGCCUGGAUUAUGUGCCUAACUCGGGCGUGAUCAACAUGACGCCUGGCUCGUAUUGCUACUCGGUCACUGUUGUCCUGACGGGCGACACCGACCUCGAGAACGACGAGAUCUUCUACUUUGACAUCUCGCAAAUGUCAGGACCACCAGUGACCAUUGCCAAGCCGCGUGGUGUCAUCACGAUUCUCAACGAUGACGACAGCUGCCCGGUUGUCUCGACGCCACCGCUUGAGUGGCCGGGCUUGCUCAUGGAGGUCUUUGACUGUGUCGACGGAGAGUCGAUUGCGUCACUAACCUCUUCGAGCUCGUACAUCGACCGGAAGCCGGGCUGCAUCGACUCGCAGGUGACGACGCUUUCAGCAGCACCUGCCAUGGGCGCAUGCAAGCAGACGCUGCAUGCAUCGGUCGACUACGGCUUCUCCCUCUCGGGCUGGCUUCGUGUGGGCGCUACCAACACGUACACCUUCUACGUUGCCGCCGACUUUGCGAUCGAGCUGUGGGUAGGCGCCAACGAGGCGUCUCUUGCUCGAGUUGCCUACAACGAGGCUCCCAAUGCCGGGCCGACCGCGUACACAGAGACCGCCUCACAGGCGUCGACUCCGAUGGCGCUCUCACUCGGCGACCUCGUUUACAUACGCGUCCUCUACAAGGAGGGCGACGAAGACUAUCCUGCCGAUGACUUUUUCUCGGUGGCUUGGUCCGGCUCUGGCUUCGGUGACACAACCGAGGUCAUUGCCUCUGGUGGGAGCUACGGCGAGACGCUCUUCCACAACGCCACCAAGGCUGUGGCGCUGGAGGAUGCCUCGUCCUGCUGCACAUCGCGGAUUGUCGAGACCACCGUGGAAUCUGUCCGCCUCGACAGCGACCCGUGCUCGGGAGCACUCUCCGCAAACAUCACGAGCACCAUUCCGCUGACGCCGCAACCGGCGUCGGUAUCCAUUGGCUUUGCGCCGGAUGCUCCGCGCGAGUUUGAGUACGUCCAGGACGAUCUCUUCUCGGACAUCGGCGCCGCUUCAACGUCGGGCCAGGUCUUUGCUGGGCGCGUCCGCCAGCCGCGGACGGUCAAGGUGCGUAUCUCGUCUGGCGCUCGCAAUGCCUUUGAGCGGAGCAAUGACGGGCUGGUUGUUCCCAACUUUCGUGUGCUGGGCAUGAGCACAUGGACGACAGGCCUUAUCUUCGACGGCGUGGAUGUUCCGCCUGGAGCAACCAUCACAAACGCCUACAUUGCCAUGGAGGGCGACAAUGAUAACGGGCAAGAUACGGGGACUGGUGUCAACAUUCCGAUCUACGCAUUCGCUGCCGACACGGCCGGCGCCAUGCCGACAAACAACUACGGCAUUACCUCGCUCGCCCCUACGGGCGCGGUGGUGACGUGGACCGACGUGCCGGCGUUCAUCACGGGCGUUGACUACGUCUCACCCGACAUCUCGCCGGUGGUACAGGAGCUGGUGUCGCGUCCCGGAUGGCGGAGUGGGAACGACAUGCUGAUUGUGUUUGGCCUCUCCACCGGCACCGCCAACCUGCGCGUCAUCGCGUCGUUUGAGAACCCCACGUCGGCUCCGCUGCUCGUCAUCGAGUACCACACCGGGUUUGGGAGCGCAGACACAUACACUGGCGCGGUCUACCUUGCCGAUGCCUCGGACACGUCGGUCACGAACGCCCAGCAGCUCUCUGGCGGCUUCCGCAUGAGUUUCGUACUCGCUCAGGCCGCGUCGUACACGGUGACUCUCCAGCACGCCCUGGUGGCCAACAACCUCGACGCUGUAGGCGAGCGGGUCUCGUCACUACUCAAGAUCAAUGGAGGUUACGUUGGAAACUUUGUCGGCUCGGAGGGCGUGUCGGUCCUCGAGGAGCUGACGAGCUCCGGAACAUCGGCUCCGUCGACGUCAAGCUUUGUCAUCGCCCUUCCCAGCGGUGCGAACACGAUUGAGUUUGGUGCGUACCUCUCGAGUCGCUCCUCGUCUGACGACUACGCUGUGGCUCUCUUCGAUCAGUUUGGCCUCUCUACAGAUUCAUAUGUGACGCAAUGCGGUGCGUACGAUCUCUCGUACAACUACGAGUGGUGGGCACCGUCCUGUUCGGGCACUGGGCCGUGCUCUUCCACAUCGUCUGUUUCUGGCAUCUGUGACACCAGCGUCCAGCUCUUUGCCAACAACGAGAAGUGCUGCAUCUGGAUCGACGUUGCCGUGCCGAAGGAGAUCCCGAGUGUUGGCCUCAACGUCUCUACUGCAGCUGCGUCCGAGCCCGGUGCCGGCUUUGUUGACAUUGAGAUUGGCCUUACCCUUGCCUUUGACGCCGAGAUCGACAUCCAGGUCACGCUCGCGGCGCUCAACGGGACUGCUUUUGCUGGUGUAGACUUUGACCUCCUGUCACCCGUAGUCAACUUUCCCGCUGGGGUAGAGACGGUCCCUGUCAUUGUCCGCAUCUACCAGGACAACGUCUACGAGUACUGGAUGGAAAGUGCUCCCGCGGAGACUUUUGACAUCCAAAUCGUCGACACACCGACUGUGAGCACGACGGAGCCGACGGACGAGAGCGGAUCGCGCAACGUGUCGAUCACGAUUGUGAUGGGCUCGCCGGCGCCUUCGCCGGUGACGGUGGAUGUUGUGACGAGCGUGGCCGUCGGGUCGCUGGCGACGGGCGACGUCGAUUUCGAGGUUGUGACGACGACAGUGACGAUUCCUGGCGGAUCGUCGAGCGCGGUGUUUGAUGCUGUUGUGUACGGCGACGCGUGGUACGACGACGGCGAGACGUUCGAUGUGACGCUGACUGGCGUGAGCGGCCCGGCCACCCUUGGCGGGACGCUGACGACUGUGGUGACGAUCGGCGACUCUGGCCCGGCACCGACGCUGACGACGCGGGUGGUGUCCGGGGCCGAUGCCAGCACCGGGUCUGGCUCGCAGAGCGUGACUGCAGAUGUGAGCGAGGGCGAUGCGACGUCGAAGGAUGUCGUGCUCGAGCUCGCGCUGUCGCGGCCUGCGGAGCAUCCGACGGUGGUCGACGUGGUUGUGUACCCGACGUCGACGGCGACGAACGGGACGGACGUGGAUGUGCUCUCUACCGAGGGCCGCAACCGCGGGCCGUUCACGAUUGGUGGACUGGUGUCGACAUACAAUGUGUCUGCUGUGAUCUACGGCGAGACCGUUGUCGAGGGGACCGAGGUGUUUGACUUUGGUCUCGUGGCGACGUACGGCGUGAGCGGUGUGACAAGCACAAGCAACGCGAGUGUGAGCAUUGUGGGCAUGGCUGUGGCUGCAGUGAGCACGACGGAGCCGACGGACGAGAGCGGAUCGCGCAACGUGUCGAUCACGAUUGUGAUGGGCUCGCCGGCGCCUUCACCGGUGACGGUGGAUGUUGUGACGAGCGUGGCCGUCGGGUCGCUGGCGACGGGCGACGUCGAUUUCGAGGUUGUGACGACGACAGUGACGAUUCCUGGCGGAUCGUCGAGCGCGGUGUUUGAUGCUGUUGUGUACGGCGACGCGUGGUACGACGACGGCGAGACGUUCGAUGUGACACUGACUGGCGUGAGCGGCCCGGCCACCCUUGGCGGGACGCUGACGACUGUGGUGACGAUCGGCGACUCUGGCCCGGCACCGACGCUGACGACGCGGGUGGUGUCCGGGGCCGAUGCCAGCACCGGGUCUGGCUCGCAGAGCGUGACUGCAGAUGUGAGCGAGGGCGAUGCGACGUCGAAGGAUGUCGUGCUCGAGCUCGCGCUGUCGCGGCCUGCGGAGCAUCCGACGGUGGUCGACGUGGUUGUGUACCCGACGUCGACGGCGACGAACGGGACGGACGUGGAUGUGCUCUCUACCGAGGGCCGCAACCGCGGGCCGUUCACGAUUGGUGGACUGGUGUCGACAUACAAUGUGUCUGCUGUGAUCUACGGCGAGACCGUUGUCGAGGGGACCGAGGUGUUUGACUUUGGUCUCGUGGCGACGUACGGCGUGAGCGGUGUGACAAGCACAAGCAACGCGAGUGUGAGCAUUGUGGGCAUGGCUGUGGCUGCAGUGAGCACGACGGAGCCGACGGACGAGAGCGGAUCGCGCAACGUGUCGAUCACGAUUGUGAUGGGCUCGCCGGCGCCUUCGCCGGUGACGGUGGAUGUUGUGACGAGCGUGGCCGUCGGGUCGCUGGCGACGGGCGACGUCGAUUUCGAGGUUGUGACGACGACAGUGACGAUUCCUGGCGGAUCGUCGAGCGCGGUGUUUGAUGCUGUUGUGUACGGCGACGCGUGGUACGACGACGGCGAGACGUUCGAUGUGACACUGACUGGCGUGAGCGGCCCGGCCACCCUUGGCGGGACGCUGACGACUGUGGUGACGAUCGGCGACUCUGGCCCGGCACCGACGCUGACGACGCGGGUGGUGUCCGGGGCCGAUGCCAGCACCGGGUCUGGCUCGCAGAGCGUGACUGCAGAUGUGAGCGAGGGCGAUGCGACGUCGAAGGAUGUCGUGCUCGAGCUCGCGCUGUCGCGGCCUGCGGAGCAUCCGACGGUGGUCGACGUGGUUGUGUACCCGACGUCGACGGCGACGAACGGGACGGACGUGGAUGUGCUCUCUACCGAGGGCCGCAACCGCGGGCCGUUCACGAUUGGUGGACUGGUGUCGACAUACAAUGUGUCUGCUGUGAUCUACGGCGAGACCGUUGUCGAGGGGACCGAGGUGUUUGACUUUGGUCUCGUGGCGACGUACGGCGUGAGCGGUGUGACAAGCACAAGCAACGCGAGUGUGAGCAUUGUCAACGAUGACUUCUCACCGCCGCCGCCGUCGCCGCCGCCGCCGCCGCCUCCUCCCUCGCCGCCUCCGCCGCCUCCGCCGAGCCCGCCUCCGCCGUUCGGGCAGGUGGGCAUGGCUGUGGCUGCAGUGAGCACGACGGAGCCGACGGACGAGAGCGGAUCGCGCAACGUGUCGAUCACGAUUGUGAUGGGCUCGCCGGCGCCUUCGCCGGUGACGGUGGAUGUUGUGACGAGCGUGGCCGUCGGGUCGCUGGCGACGGGCGACGUCGAUUUCGAGGUUGUGACGACGACAGUGACGAUUCCUGGCGGAUCGUCGAGCGCGGUGUUUGAUGCUGUUGUGUACGGCGACGCGUGGUACGACGACGGCGAGACGUUCGAUGUGACACUGACUGGCGUGAGCGGCCCGGCCACCCUUGGCGGGACGCUGACGACUGUGGUGACGAUCGGCGACUCUGGCCCGGCACCGACGCUGACGACGCGGGUGGUGUCCGGGGCCGAUGCCAGCACCGGGUCUGGCUCGCAGAGCGUGACUGCAGAUGUGAGCGAGGGCGAUGCGACGUCGAAGGAUGUCGUGCUCGAGCUCGCGCUGUCGCGGCCUGCGGAGCAUCCGACGGUGGUCGACGUGGUUGUGUACCCGACGUCGACGGCGACGAACGGGACGGACGUGGAUGUGCUCUCUACCGAGGGCCGCAACCGCGGGCCGUUCACGAUUGGUGGACUGGUGUCGACAUACAAUGUGUCUGCUGUGAUCUACGGCGAGACCGUUGUCGAGGGGACCGAGGUGUUUGACUUUGGUCUCGUGGCGACGUACGGCGUGAGCGGUGUGACAAGCACAAGCAACGCGAGUGUGAGCAUUGUCAACGAUGACUUCUCACCGCCGCCGCCGUCGCCGCCGCCGCCGCCGCCUCCUCCCUCGCCGCCUCCGCCGCCUCCGCCGAGCCCGCCUCCGCCGUUCGGGCAGGUGGGCAUGGCUGUGGCUGCAGUGAGCACGACGGAGCCGACGGACGAGAGCGGAUCGCGCAACGUGUCGAUCACGAUUGUGAUGGGCUCGCCGGCGCCUUCGCCGGUGACGGUGGAUGUUGUGACGAGCGUGGCCGUCGGGUCGCUGGCGACGGGCGACGUCGAUUUCGAGGUUGUGACGACGACAGUGACGAUUCCUGGCGGAUCGUCGAGCGCGGUGUUUGAUGCUGUUGUGUACGGCGACGCGUGGUACGACGACGGCGAGACGUUCGAUGUGACGCUGACUGGCGUGAGCGGCCCGGCCACCCUUGGCGGGACGCUGACGACUGUGGUGACGAUCGGCGACUCUGGCCCGGCACCGACGCUGACGACGCGGGUGGUGUCCGGGGCCGAUGCCAGCACCGGGUCUGGCUCGCAGAGCGUGACUGCAGAUGUGAGCGAGGGCGAUGCGACGUCGAAGGAUGUCGUGCUCGAGCUCGCGCUGUCGCGGCCUGCGGAGCAUCCGACGGUGGUCGACGUGGUUGUGUACCCGACGUCGACGGCGACGAACGGGACGGACGUGGAUGUGCUCUCUACCGAGGGCCGCAACCGCGGGCCGUUCACGAUUGGUGGACUGGUGUCGACAUACAAUGUGUCUGCUGUGAUCUACGGCGAGACCGUUGUCGAGGGGACCGAGGUGUUUGACUUUGGUCUCGUGGCGACGUACGGCGUGAGCGGUGUGACAAGCACAAGCAACGCGAGUGUGAGCAUUGUCAACGAUGACUUCUCACCGCCUCCGCCGUCGCCGCCGCCGCCGCCUCCUCCUCCCUCGCCGCCUCCGCCGCCUCCGCCGAGCCCGCCUCCGCCGUUCGGGCAGGUGGGCAUGGCUGUGGCUGCAGUGAGCACGACGGAGCCGACGGACGAGAGCGGAUCGCGCAACGUGUCGAUCACGAUUGUGAUGGGCUCGCCGGCGCCUUCGCCGGUGACGGUGGAUGUUGUGACGAGCGUGGCCGUCGGGUCGCUGGCGACGGGCGACGUCGAUUUCGAGGUUGUGACGACGACAGUGACGAUUCCUGGCGGAUCGUCGAGCGCGGUGUUUGAUGCUGUUGUGUACGGCGACGCGUGGUACGACGACGGCGAGACGUUCGAUGUGACGCUGACUGGCGUGAGCGGCCCGGCCACCCUUGGCGGGACGCUGACGACUGUGGUGACGAUCGGCGACUCUGGCCCGGCACCGACGCUGACGACGCGGGUGGUGUCCGGGGCCGAUGCCAGCACCGGGUCUGGCUCGCAGAGCGUGACUGCAGAUGUGAGCGAGGGCGAUGCGACGUCGAAGGAUGUCGUGCUCGAGCUCGCGCUGUCGCGGCCUGCGGAGCAUCCGACGGUGGUCGACGUGGUUGUGUACCCGACGUCGACGGCGACGAACGGGACGGACGUGGAUGUGCUGUCUACCGAGGGCCGCAACCGCGGGCCGUUCACGAUUGGUGGACUGGUGUCGACAUACAAUGUGUCUGCUGUGAUCUACGGCGAGACCGUUGUCGAGGGGACCGAGGUGUUUGACUUUGGUCUCGUGGCGACGUACGGCGUGAGCGGUGUGACAAGCACAAGCAACGCGAGUGUGAGCAUUGUCAACGAUGACUUCUCACCGCCUCCGCCGUCGCCGCCGCCGCCGCCGCCUCCUCCCUCGCCGCCUCCGCCGCCUCCGCCGAGCCCGCCUCCGCCGUUCGGGCAGGUGGGCAUGGCUGUGGCUGCAGUGAGCACGACGGAGCCGACGGACGAGAGCGGAUCGCGCAACGUGUCGAUCACGAUUGUGAUGGGCUCGCCGGCGCCUUCGCCGGUGACGGUGGAUGUUGUGACGAGCGUGGCCGUCGGGUCGCUGGCGACGGGCGACGUCGAUUUCGAGGUUGUGACGACGACAGUGACGAUUCCUGGCGGAUCGUCGAGCGCGGUGUUUGAUGCUGUUGUGUACGGCGACGCGUGGUACGACGACGGCGAGACGUUCGAUGUGACGCUGACUGGCGUGAGCGGCCCGGCCACCCUUGGCGGGACGCUGACGACUGUGGUGACGAUCGGCGACUCUGGCCCGGCACCGACGCUGACGACGCGGGUGGUGUCCGGGGCCGAUGCCAGCACCGGGUCUGGCUCGCAGAGCGUGACUGCAGAUGUGAGCGAGGGCGAUGCGACGUCGAAGGAUGUCGUGCUCGAGCUCGCGCUGUCGCGGCCUGCGGAGCAUCCGACGGUGGUCGACGUGGUUGUGUACCCGACGUCGACGGCGACGAACGGGACGGACGUGGAUGUGCUCUCUACCGAGGGCCGCAACCGCGGGCCGUUCACGAUUGGUGGACUGGUGUCGACAUACAAUGUGUCUGCUGUGAUCUACGGCGAGACCGUUGUCGAGGGGACCGAGGUGUUUGACUUUGGUCUCGUGGCGACGUACGGCGUGAGCGGUGUGACAAGCACAAGCAACGCGAGUGUGAGCAUUGUCAACGAUGACUUCUCACCGCCUCCGCCGUCGCCGCCGCCGCCGCCUCCUCCUCCCUCGCCGCCUCCGCCGCCUCCGCCGAGCCCGCCUCCGCCGUUCGGGCAGGUGGGCAUGGCUGUGGCUGCAGUGAGCACGACGGAGCCGACGGACGAGAGCGGAUCGCGCAACGUGUCGAUCACGAUUGUGAUGGGCUCGCCGGCGCCUUCGCCGGUGACGGUGGAUGUUGUGACGAGCGUGGCCGUCGGGUCGCUGGCGACGGGCGACGUCGAUUUCGAGGUUGUGACGACGACAGUGACGAUUCCUGGCGGAUCGUCGAGCGCGGUGUUUGAUGCUGUUGUGUACGGCGACGCGUGGUACGACGACGGCGAGACGUUCGAUGUGACACUGACUGGCGUGAGCGGCCCGGCCACCCUUGGCGGGACGCUGACGACUGUGGUGACGAUCGGCGACUCUGGCCCGGCACCGACGCUGACGACGCGGGUGGUGUCCGGGGCCGAUGCCAGCACCGGGUCUGGCUCGCAGAGCGUGACUGCAGAUGUGAGCGAGGGCGAUGCGACGUCGAAGGAUGUCGUGCUCGAGCUCGCGCUGUCGCGGCCUGCGGAGCAUCCGACGGUGGUCGACGUGGUUGUGUACCCGACGUCGACGGCGACGAACGGGACGGACGUGGAUGUGCUCUCUACCGAGGGCCGCAACCGCGGGCCGUUCACGAUUGGUGGACUGGUGUCGACAUACAAUGUGUCUGCUGUGAUCUACGGCGAGACCGUUGUCGAGGGGACCGAGGUGUUUGACUUUGGUCUCGUGGCGACGUACGGCGUGAGCGGUGUGACAAGCACAAGCAACGCGAGUGUGAGCAUUGUCAACGAUGACUUCUCACCGCCUCCGCCGUCGCCGCCGCCGCCGCCGCCUCCUCCCUCGCCGCCUCCGCCGCCUCCGCCGAGCCCGCCUCCGCCGUUCGGGCAGGUGGGCAUGGCUGUGGCUGCAGUGAGCACGACGGAGCCGACGGACGAGAGCGGAUCGCGCAACGUGUCGAUCACGAUUGUGAUGGGCUCGCCGGCGCCUUCGCCGGUGACGGUGGAUGUUGUGACGAGCGUGGCCGUCGGGUCGCUGGCGACGGGCGACGUCGAUUUCGAGGUUGUGACGACGACAGUGACGAUUCCUGGCGGAUCGUCGAGCGCGGUGUUUGAUGCUGUUGUGUACGGCGACGCGUGGUACGACGACGGCGAGACGUUCGAUGUGACGCUGACUGGCGUGAGCGGCCCGGCCACCCUUGGCGGGACGCUGACGACUGUGGUGACGAUCGGCGACUCUGGCCCGGCACCGACGCUGACGACGCGGGUGGUGUCCGGGGCCGAUGCCAGCACCGGGUCUGGCUCGCAGAGCGUGACUGCAGAUGUGAGCGAGGGCGAUGCGACGUCGAAGGAUGUCGUGCUCGAGCUCGCGCUGUCGCGGCCUGCGGAGCAUCCGACGGUGGUCGACGUGGUUGUGUACCCGACGUCGACGGCGACGAACGGGACGGACGUGGAUGUGCUCUCUACCGAGGGCCGCAACCGCGGGCCGUUCACGAUUGGUGGACUGGUGUCGACAUACAAUGUGUCUGCUGUGAUCUACGGCGAGACCGUUGUCGAGGGGACCGAGGUGUUUGACUUUGGUCUCGUGGCGACGUACGGCGUGAGCGGUGUGACAAGCACAAGCAACGCGAGUGUGAGCAUUGUCAACGAUGACUUCUCACCGCCGCCGCCGUCGCCGUCGCUUCCUUUGCGUCUACGGACGUAG